ACUCUCUCCCUCUCCCUCCUAACUUUACUCUCAGCAAAACCACAAACCAAGACAUCUCCAUUUUCACUUCCCUUGUUUCUAUAUAAACCCAACUCCUCUCUCUCUCUCUCCCUACCACCACCGCAAUCCCCAUUUCCCCAUUUUUUGAUUCACUCAAGAAAAAUGGCACCUUCAAGACUCUCCCUUUCCCUCGCUCUGCUCCUCGUCGCCGUCUGGGGCUUCGUCCACGGCCACUCCGCCUCCUCCCGCGGCGCCCCUGCUCCUGCCGUGGACUGCUCGUCGUUGAUCCUGAACAUGGCGGACUGCUUGUCGUUUGUCUCCAACGGCAGCAAGGCCGAGAAGCCGGAAGGGAGUUGCUGCACUGGACUCAAGACUGUGCUCAAAGCUGACGCCGCUUGUCUCUGUGAGGCCUUCAAGAGCAGCGCCCAGUUGGGUGUCGUCUUGAACAUCACUAAGGCCAUGUCCCUCCCCGCCGCUUGCAAAGUCUCCGCCCCCUCCGCCACCAACUGUGGAUUGUCUGUUUCUCCUGCUGGUGCUCCUGUUGCAACUCUUUCACCACUAUCUGCUCCAACUUCAGCUGCUGCUGCACCUGAAUCACCUGCAGCUGCCGGAGGGAAUGUGUUAGCACCUGCAGCUUCUCCAGUGAACUCGGCUUCUGCCAUGCUUUUCAGUUCAGUUACCCUGUUUUUGGGUCUUCUGGUUGCAUCAUUGCCUUAUUUCUGAGUAAAUGUGGCAUGUAGCGCCAUUUUUGAGAGCAUAGAGUGAUGACUUGUGAUGUUCAUUUUAGCAUUAGUUCUGUUCGCAGUUCUUCUAUUCGGGAUGUUACUGAAGUAGUUUUUAACAUGUGUUCUGUUCUUGGUCACUUGAGACCUGUUUGGUGGUUGGACAUGGUUUUCUAAUAUGUUACUAUCUACCUAUUCUCAUAUUUCUGGUCGCUUUUCAGUUGAUAUUUGAACGUAACA